UGAAAAACCGGAAAAGGACCUUGCGUUUGUUUGACGGGCGGGAGGGAAAGCUGCCGUUUGGAUCUCAUCAAUAUGUCGAGGUUAGGAAGGGGAGGCCGCGCAGAUUCUCUGGCGGGUUUCCGACCAAAGAUUAAAGAUGAGGAGGAAGUCCCGGCUGGCCUGCUGAAAGCCGCGCGGAAGAGCGGACAGCUCAACUUGUCCGGCCGCGCGCUCACGAAAGUCCCUCAGAGUGUGUACCGGGUCAAUGAAGAGGCCCAGCAGAAUGUUUCGUUUGGAGCUUCAGAUCGUUGGUGGGAACAGACGGACCUCACCAAGCUGCUGCUCUCCUCCAAUCAGAUCAGUCAGAUAUCUGAGGACAUCAGACUGCUGCCUGCACUCGUCACGCUGGAUCUCCACGACAACCAGCUGAACACUUUACACAGCGCCAUUGGAGAGCUGCAGGAGCUGCAGACGCUACGUCUUAGUCACAAUCAGCUGUCAUCACUGCCAGUGGAGGUGUGUAUGCUAAGGAACCUGCGGAGUCUCACCCUGCAGCAGAACCUAUUGGAGAACCUUCCAGAAGAAUUCGGACAACUGGAGAACCUGACAGAGCUGGAUUUGUCCAAGAAUCGUCUGACAGACCUGCCCCAAAGCCUUGGCCGUCUGACCGGCCUGCAGAAGAUCAGCCUGUCUCACAAUAAGCUGAGCUGUCUUCCUGACUGCCUGUCACAGCUCACAAACGUGAAGCUGCUGGACUGCAGCAACAACCAGCUGAGCGACGUUCCUGCCAGCCUGGCUCACAUGCUUUCUUUGGAGCAGCUUCAUCUCAGACACAACCGGCUGCAGCGGCUACCCCAGCUCCACGCACCUGCCCUGAAGGAACUCUACGUGGGAAACAACCAGGUGGGGGUGCUGGAGGCGGAGCAGCUGGAAUGCCUGAAAGCCAUCUCGGUUCUGGAGCUCAGAGACAAUAAGAUCCGAGCGGUUCCCGAGCAGAUGUCUCUACUGCAUACACUGACCCGCCUGGACCUGACCAACAACGACAUCGGCAGUCUUCCAGCCUCCCUCAGCCUGCUGCCCAACCUGAAAGUGCUGCUGGUGGAGGGAAACCCUCUGCGGGGGAUCAGGAGAGAUCUUCUGACUAAAGGAACCAAUGAACUUCUAAAGUACCUGAGAGGAAGAGUGAAAGAGGAACCUGAAAGCUCAGAGGACCCCCCCACAGCCAUGACAUUCCCCUCCCAGGCCAGAAUCAACGUGCACAGCAUCAAAACCCUGGGGGUGCUGGACCAGAGUGACAUGCAGGUAGACUCCAUCCCAGACGAGGCGUUCCUCGCUGCUGAAGGUCAGAACGUGGUCACUGCCAACUUCAGCAAGAACAAGCUGACCUCCAUCCCUGCCAGGCUGCUACAACUGAGCUCUUCCCUGACUGAGCUCAACUUAGGCUUCAACCAGCUGGACCACUGCGGCGUUGAGGUGUGCAGGCUGCUGCAGCUGACGCACCUGGACCUCAGGAACAACCAGCUGAAGGAUUUACCCGCCGACAUGGAGAACCUGGCCAAGCUACGCUGCAUCAUCCUCAGUUACAACAGGUUCAAGUCCUUCCCAGAGGUGCUCUACCAGAUGUUUUCCAUGGAGACGGUACUGAUGGCUAACAAUCAGGUCAGCAGUGUAGAUCCUGCCCGACUCGCGAGACUGGAGCACCUGUCGACCCUGGAUCUGUCGAACAAUGACCUGCUGAGCAUCCCUCCUGAACUCGGCCUGUGCACCAGCCUCAGGAGUCUCAGUCUGCAGGGAAACCCUUUCCGGACACCCCGAGCCGCCAUCGUCGCCAAAGGAACUGAUGCGGUUUUGGAGUACCUGCGCAGCCGCAUACCUGCCUGACGCACGUUUUUAUCUCCACGAAUCCAACCGUGUGUCUGCUGAUGUACAAUCGGUGAAGUUCCACACAAACGACAGAUGUUUAUUUCGCAUGAGAAAACGAGGUUGGUUUACCCGCGCUAACCUGCAGGAGGCGUGGCUCAGGAAAAAAAAAUGCAGAUGACAUUUUUAUGCAAAAACAUCAAACCCCCAGCUAAGGACAGGAUGGUCUGAAGAUUCUACAUCCAAAAACAGGAAGCAGGGGAUCCCAGAAAAGAUUUGUUCUAAUACAUUUUCUUCCUCUUUGCUAUUCUGGGCCCUAACGUGAACACGUGAUGGAGAACUUCAGAACAAGCUGGGGUUCUCUGAACCUGCAGGGAGGUCCUCUCCAGAAGGUCCUGAAUGUUUCCCCUGUGAAUGUUCUCUGGAAAGUUCCUAACAGCAGGAGAACAGCUGCAGUUCUGGUAGGGGGUGUUUGGGUGAAUGUACCCAGUGUUCUCUGGAUGUAGACGGACAUGAACAGGUGACAUACAUACAUGUAUACAUGCAGUGAAUAGAGAAAGAAUAAAAUGUCAAAAUAAC